AUGAGGGCCAGCCUAGAGCCACUUCGCGUGGAAGUGCUAGCCACGCUCCCUUUCCAGUUCCCGCCCUCGUUCGGUCCCGCUCCUUCACUCUCCCAGCCCAAUCAGUUCUUCUUCGACCGGCACCCGGGCGUCUUCGCCUACGUGCUCAACUACUACCGCACCGGCAAGCUGCACUGCCCGGCCGACGUGUGCGGGCCGCUCUUCGAGGAGGAGCUCGGCUUCUGGGGCAUCGACGAGACCGACGUGGAGGCCUGCUGCUGGAUGACCUACCGGCAGCACCGCGACGCCGAGGAGGCGCUCGACUCCUUCGAGGCGCCCGACCCCGCCGGCGCCGCCAACGCCGCCAACGCCGCGGGUGCCCACGACGCGGGCCUGGACGACGAGGCGGGCGCGGGCGGCGGCGGCCUGGACGGCGCGGGCGGCGAGCUCAAGCGCCUCUGCUUCCAGGACGCGGGCGGCGGCGCCGGGGGGCCGCCAGGGGGCGCGGGCGGCGCGGGCGGCACGUGGUGGCGCCGCUGGCAGCCCCGCGUGUGGGCGCUCUUCGAGGACCCCUACUCGUCGCGGGCCGCCAGGUACGUGGCCUUCGCCUCCCUCUUAUUCAUCCUAAUCUCCAUCACCACCUUCUGCCUGGAGACCCACGAGGGCUUCAUCCAUAUCAGCAACAAGACGGUGACACAGGCCUCCCCGAUCCCGGGGGCUCCGCCGGAGAACAUCACCAACGUGGAGGUGGAGACGGAGCCCUUCCUGACCUACGUGGAGGGCGUGUGCGUGGUCUGGUUCACCUUCGAGUUCCUCAUGCGCAUCACCUUCUGUCCGGACAAGGUGGAAUUUCUCAAGAGCAGCCUCAACAUCAUCGACUGCGUUGCCAUCCUGCCCUUUUAUCUCGAGGUGGGCCUCUCGGGCCUCAGCUCCAAGGCCGCCAAAGACGUGCUGGGCUUCCUGCGGGUGGUCCGCUUCGUCCGAAUCCUGCGCAUCUUCAAGCUCACGCGCCACUUUGUGGGGCUGCGCGUGCUGGGCCACACGCUCCGCGCCAGCACCAAUGAGUUCCUGCUGCUCAUCAUCUUCCUGGCGCUGGGGGUGCUCAUCUUCGCCACCAUGAUCUACUACGCCGAGCGCAUUGGCGCCGACCCCGAUGACAUCCUGGGCUCCAACCAUACCUACUUCAAGAACAUCCCCAUCGGCUUCUGGUGGGCCGUGGUCACCAUGACGACCCUCGGCUAUGGAGACAUGUACCCCAAGACGUGGUCGGGGAUGCUGGUGGGGGCGCUGUGUGCCCUGGCGGGGGUGCUGACCAUCGCCAUGCCCGUGCCCGUCAUUGUCAACAACUUUGGCAUGUACUAUUCGCUGGCCAUGGCCAAGCAGAAGCUGCCUAAGAAGAAGAACAAACACAUACCCCGGCCCCCCCAGCCCGGCUCGCCGAACUACUGCAAGCCCGACCCGCCCCCACCGCCCCCGCCCCACCCUCACCACGGCAGCGGCGGCAUCAGCCCCCCGCCACCCAUCACACCGCCCUCCAUGGGGGUGACUGUGGCCGGGGCCUACCCGCCGGGGCCCCACACGCACCCCGGGCUGCUCAGGGGGGGAGCGGGUGGGCUGGGGAUCAUGGGGCUGCCUCCUCUGCCGGCCCCUGGGGAGCCUUGCCCGUUGGCUCAGGAGGAAGUGAUUGAGAUCAACAGGGCAGAUCCCCGCCCCAACGGGGACCCAGCAGCAGCCGCGCUUGCCCAUGAGGACUGUCCAGCCAUCGACCAGCCCGCCAUGUCCCCAGAAGACAAGAGCCCCAUCACCCCCGGGAGCCGGGGCCGCUACAGCCGGGACCGAGCCUGCUUCCUCCUCACUGACUAUGCCCCUUCCCCUGAUGGCUCCAUCCGGAAAGGUUACGAGAAAUCCCGCAGCCUGAGCAGCAUCGCGGGCCUCAGCGGGGUGUCCCUGCGCCUCGCGCCCCUUGCCACCCCCCCUGGCUCGCCCAGGGCCGCCCGCCGCGCUCCCCCAACCCUGCCCUCCAUCCUCUAGCGCUCCCCUCCCCCCCGUGGGGGGACUCGGGGGUGACAGGGAAGAAGGUCAAAGGAGCUGGGGGGGGGGUGGGGGAAAGGGUUUUUUUAAAAAAAAUCAAAAAGUUAUUAAUAAUAUGCAACCGAGACGACGACGCCAGCAGACACCCCCGGGCCCCUCACCCCGACCUGGGCCCCCAGGAUGGAGGGGGAGGAGCCAAAGCCCAUCCUCCCCCUAAUUCUCCGCACCCUCCCAAAAAAAUAAAGCCUUCUCAGGUCUCCAUGAGCCAUAGGACACCCCCCUGCCAUCCACUUGUGUAAAUACGUCCAAAUUAUGCCAGUUACAUUUUGGGGCACCUUCCCCCUACUCUGCAUGCCUCCCCCAACCUGGACGCCACCUCCCCAACUCCACCUCAGCAAUAAGCCGCCAAGGGUUGCAUGCCAUGCAUUUGAGGGAAGGGGCACUCUGGGGAGGGGGCGGGGACCUCAAGGGGGUCGUCGGGCUGGCCUUUAAGCCACAGGAGGGUCUCCUAGCCUCCCACCCUUCACCCCAGGAAGGCAACCCAUCACGCAUUGAUUAAAGAAGAAAAAAAAAAAAA